GGCGUAGGACUGCAGUUUAGUUUAAUUUGAUGGUUGACUUGUAAAAAACAAGAUCCAGUGGACUGUUUUCUGCUGCCGUUGGCUCUCCUCCUCCAACAUCUUUGACUGCAACCCAGAACGCCAAUGAACCCAACCUGAAAUUCAUAGACAAAUCAAGAUCGGAAUCGCAUAUCUCCUGACUCCCGCGGCGUUUCUUGAAUUUCGGUUCAUGAUUCUUUAAUUCCCCAAAUUUUCAAGAAUCAAAGGGGUUCGGGAAUCACACUUGGUGGCCAAUCAUGACAUCCGAAACAAACACUCCGGGUUACUGGUUGAACUGGAGAUUCUUAGUGUCUCUAGUAGGGGUCCUUGCAGCUAUGGUGGUUUCUGCGGUUAUAAUUUGGAGGUAUGAAGGGUCAUCGAAAUCAAGAAAUGAGGAUGCGGAGGAUUCAAAGAAAAGAGGGAUUUUGCGCAAGGAUGAAGUUUGGAAGACUUGUUAUAAAUCUCUCCAUCCUGUUUGGCUGCUUGCCUACCGGAUUCUUGCCUUUUUGCUGCUUCUGGGAUUGCUCAUUGGAGAUGUUGUUUUGCAUAGCGGCGGCAUUUUUUUCUAUUACACUGAGUGGACAUUCACUCUGGUCACCAUCUACUUUGGGGUAGGAUCUUUACAAUCCAUAUAUGGGCUGAAAUCAUGUAAAGAGCUCUCUGCUGAUAGGAUUCACAUGGUGACUUCAGAUCCCGAGAAUGGCCCUUACAUUCAUCGUGAUACUGCUGGUUUUGGGGAUUAUGCCGUGCAGAUUAUUUUUCAAAUGUGUGCAGGAGCUGUGGUGCUUACGGACAUUGUUUUCUGGCUCAUAAUUUACCCAUUUCUCACUAGCAACGAUUACCGGUUGAAUUUUCUGGCUGUCUGUAUGCAUUCUGUAAAUGCCAUUUGCCUUUUGGGUGAAGUUGCCCUAAAUCGCCUUCAAUUCCCUUUCUUCCGAAUCGCAUAUUUUGUCAUGUGGACUUGCGUUUUCGUCACUUUCCAGUGGAUCCUCCACAUGUGCGUCUCCUUGUGGUGGCCUUAUACAUUUCUGGACUUGUCCUCUCCGUACGCUCCUUUAUGGUACUUUGGGGUUGGGGCACUUCAUGUUCCAUGUUUCCUUACAUUCACGCUUAUCAUGAGAACGAAACGGUACUUAUUGUCACGAUUUCUCGAGAACAGUGCUGUUGGAAUAUAGUAAGAGGCCGAGAAAGCUAAGAGUUUGGGAUUAGAUACAAGACUGAUUAUACUAAUUUUUUAAGCUAUUAGUGAAAACUGGAAGCUGUUAUUAGUCUGUAAAAAUCAUCUUCAUCAUAUUCAUAUAUGACCCCAAUCGGAUCAGUUUGGGGUCUGAGAAAGUUAAAAAGGAUUGCAGUUUUUACCUUGGGCUUGUUUGUUUUUCAAUUCCUUUGUUGCAUUUCGGGUCUAAUUUUCAUAGGAUUUACGUAAAAGAUGCAUUAAAUCGUUAGUAUUGGU